AUAGGAACAAGUAACGCUUGGCCAUUGCCACCACCGAUCCAUUGCUCGCAGAAAAGAUCGAGAGCGAGAACGAUGGCGGCUUCCGUGACGGCGUGGGCGAAACCGGGCGCGUGGGCGUUGGACGCCGAGGAGCACGAGGCGGUCAUGGCCAUGAACGAAGACUCCUCCUCGGAGGCGCCGACGGAGCAGGAGCAAGACUUCCCCUCCCUCACCGCCGCCGCCGCCUCCAGGAUCCCCAAGAAGAAGAAGAAGGCGCAGACUCUCUCCCUCGCCGAGUUCACCACGGGCAAGCCCGUCUCCCACGGCGCCGCUGGCCGCCUAUCCUCUUCCUCCUCCUUCUCCUCCAAGGGUCUCACCUCCGACGAGCUCCUCAACCUCCCCACCGGUCCCCGCGAGCGAUCCGCUGAGGAGCUCGAGCGCUCCUCGUCCCGCGGCUUCGGCUAUGCCUACGGCGCCCGCGGCCGGGCGUCCGGGGAGGACCCCAACCCCGCACGCUGGGGCUCGUCUAGGGUUUCGGACGAGCCGAGGAGGGGUGGGUUUGGCGGAUCUGGCGAUGGAUCUAGCCGGGAUCUGGAGCCGUCUCGCGCUGACGAGAACGACGACUGGGGGGCGGGCAAGAAGCCCUUGGUGCCGGAGAGGAGGGAGAGGGGAGGAGGAGGGGGGUUCUUUGACUCGCAGUCCCGGGCCGACGAGUCGGACAGCUGGAUCUCGAGCAAGAGCACUGCAGCGCCCCCGAUCGGGCGGAGAAUGGGUGGCGGCGGAUUCGAUGUGCCCAGGGCGAGGAUGGGUGGUUUCGAGAUGUUUAACAAGGAGGGAUCCAACGGCGGUGGAGCCGACUCCUAACAAUGGGGAAAGAAGAAGGAUCUCCCGGAUUCCGACACAUGGAAGAGGGACGAGGAAAGAAGCAGCGGCGGCAGAAGGCAACAGCUCCGCGGGAAGAGGCAGCGGAACACGGCGGCGGCGGGGUGGUUGGGCUGCUCGGCCUCGGUAACCUGGUGAUGAGGAAUCUCUACUACCUGGGCCUCGUCAGGUCCUGUUCUUAGAAACACGGUGAGCGCAAUCGGGAAGGCAUCACAUGCGUUGGUUGUGUAAUUGCACUCACUUUGAUGCUGCUACAUGGGUCCAGAGUUUGAAUCGGGUUCGAGUCUGUACAUAAGUGAUAGGAGUUGGUGUUGCAAGUGAGAAAAUGGAAGCAUAUAUACCUCAUACAAGAGGAUAUCAGGGUCCCAUGUAGUGAAAUGGUGUGUAGCUGUGUACAUAGAAGGACGACGGUAAAGAAUGAAGAGAGAGAGAGAGAGAGAGAGAGAGAGAGAGAGGAUACAAACGGAAAAAGGGAACACUCCACAUAUUGGACUCCUGCCGACUGGAGAACGGUCGGUGAAGGCGGUGGUUGUGAAGGGGCAACCAAUGCCAACUGUAGGGGAAAAAGGGUGUGGGGCUUUCUGUUACUGUUCUUCCCUUGUUCUGCACACGCGCUUUCUACAUAACAUAACAACUGAUCUGCAUUGGUAUUA